AUGGCAAUGGGCAAGGUAAUGGAAAAUGUGACAUUUGUGAUUUGGCUGGGUGUGUUAAGUUGUGGCUCUUAAAAAUACUUUAUAUCUGUUUUCAGUAUUUAUUAAAACACUAUUUAACUGUUCGCCAUGAGUAACUUAGAAGAAAAUGGAAAAAACCCGCCGAUAAGUGACUUAAAUGGCAGCGUAAACAGUGAAAAACCACGCAAAGAUUGGGUGAAAUUUGAAGAAGAUUCUACUCUAUCUACGGUGCCUCUGUCGGAGAUAUCACCACAAGCGGCUGCUGCCGUUGUACCCAGCACAUCCGGGUCCACAACUUCGGCACAUCCAGCAGUAUUGAAGACUGAAUCGGUGCAUAUAAACUUAGAGCGCGGCGACAAAUCUGGGGAAGUCGCGCCGCAACCAACGUUAACUAAAAAUGUUGAAUUUGUUAACAUUCGUACGGGUUUUUCAAAUGGGGACAUCAUAGUAACUAUACUUCCAUCAAAUACCAAGUGGCCAUGGGUUACAGCGGCACGCUUCAGACCCGAAUUAGUUCCUGAAGAACUCAUGGCUCAAGGACUCACUCUUACUGUUGAAGAAUAUGUCCAUGCCAUGGAAUUACUUGUAAAUGAUGCCCGCUUCACUCUGUACAAUAUCUGCUACAAGCGUGUUCUUGUUUGUUGGAUAACACUUGCAUUUCUAGUGCUCCUAGCUCUACUCUUUUCUGGAUUGACAGGUCUCUUACUCUUUUCCCUCGGUGUCUUAUGGCUAGUACUUAAUGCUGCUGCUAUAUUCCUUUGUAUGUGGAUAAAAUUAACUCUUUCAAAGGGCCUGGAGCAAUGUCUGGCGAGUGUGAAUAAGUUGCUAAAUAAACAUAAAUUGAUAUUGGCCUUGGACGAUCGAGGAAAGAUAUCUUGCCAUAAAGUGAACCUUUGUUUCAUUUACUUUGAUUCGGGUCCAUGUGUGGCUCAUAUUCAGCAGUUUAUUGAGAGUGAAGAGGGCAAAACUAUAAUGCAAGGCUGGGAACAGAGACUUGAUGUGUCGGCAAAUGAUAUAGUCAUACAAGGAAGUCAGUCAACUAGAUUGUCUCGGAAACAGGAAAGAGGUGCGCUUCUCUAUUUGCGGUACGUGGGGCGAUGGGGCGCCAUGGCUGUCAAAAACAGACUUAAUCUCAGCAGCACCGUGCCAGGCCGCCAUGGUGAGAAAUACGUCUGCCCUUGUCAGUUCAUAGAGGAGCACCUAAAAUGCAAGCCACCGGCUGGCAUUGCAAAGUUUUUCAUGUUACCGAAUCAGAAUGUUCAACUGUUUUAAGUGUUGUUGUAUUUUUGAAUCCGUCCAAUGUGUGUUGUAUAUAAUAUAACAUAUCAGCAUAUCACAUAGGUUAAGAAAACUUUUAUGAAUAUAUAAUUGUUAUAGGUAUCAAUAAGUUAUUAUGUGCCCUUUUAUGUAUUUAAUAUUUAUUGACCUGAAGUGUUGAACGUCCGUAAC